AUCUGUAUCCAACGUAACAUGAUUUAUAUGGUUUAGGUGUCAGAAUGAUAAACUCAUGUUGAAAAAAGUCACUGUCUAAAUUGAGGUUUCCUGUCCAAUGUUGAGCAAAUGUUCUGUUGCUCAUCUACUGCAACAAGAAAAAAAGAAGUUGGAUGAAUGUAAAAAAGUACAUCAUACAGGUUUAGAACAGCAUGGGCGUGAGUAAAUUGACAUAAUUUUGAGACUAUCCCUUGAAGGUACUUUUAUAUAUAUUCUUUCUUGUUUCAAUCAUGUUGUGAAAAUAUUAAAAUGACAGGGCAGAACGUGGAAGUAUGUGAGUUUUAAACUACAGUUCAGUAAACAUUUUAUGGAAGUACUUUCUUUGCAUUCUUGUUGCAGUGCAGAAAUGAAGUGUGUAUUAUUUCUCAACCAGCCACUAAAAACAUUAGACAAGAGCGUACGUUGUGAAACCUAUUAGGUACAUUGGCCAUGCUAUUUUUAUAUUGGGAUGGGGAGAGAGAGGUGGGGGUGGACUGGUCUCCACUCCUCGUAAGAGCAUUAUGAGUGCAUUUGUUUGUGACAUUAGCAGAGUGUGCUGUCACUUUCAUAUGGCAAGCCAAGGCAGCCUUGACUGGUUUAGAGCAAAGGCGGUUAUUCCGGAUAGCAACUGUUCACCCUCUGCUGUUCCCAGCAGAGCCCUGGGCAUAAUCCUGAGCGGGACGCAGCCUGUCACAAAGCUUUCUCCUCCAGCUUCUUAUUCGUUAAUGGAGUUCCGGCAGGGCAGCGGUGAUUACUGCCAUGCCCAACAUCGCAACGCUUGAUCACAGGUGGAUAUGCCUGAAAUCUGCCACUGAAUGUACAGAGAAACGCCUUCUGUUCUCUUCUCUUGCUGAUCUUUCUGAAUGACCACUUUGCUGUGCGCCAAAUGGGUUAAUUGGCAUUGCGGCACCUGGCAUUUAGCUACCGGACACUGGUCCACCCGUCUAGUUGCCCGGCAGGGUAUCCCUAUAAAGAGGAAAAGGCAGAUUUGUUGGAAGAGGAAGACUUUUGUGGCCUCUAAUAUCCCAGAAAGGCAGCUUUCAAUUUUAUAUACUGACUAGUAGUGAUUUAUCAUAGAGGAUCCUGCAAGUCCUUGACACCUUCACUGUGAUAGUGAAUCUGCUGUAGCACUGUUGUAGGUCAGAGUAGUGCCGUACUGUGAGUGGAGCUCUGUGGAUCCUGGCCCGGAGUGGGUGUUCUGUUUUCUGUAGUGUGGAGGGCCCCCAGCAUGACCAGGAUGAACCGUCCGGCUCCUGUCGAGGUCUGCUACAAAAACAUGCGCUUCCUUAUCACGCACAACCCAACUAAUGCAUCAUUAAGCAGCUUCAUUGAGGAUCUGAAGAAGUAUGGGGCAACAACAGUGGUGCGUGUGUGUGAAAUCACUUAUGAUAAGUCACCGCUGGAAAAGGAUGGAAUUACUGUCAUGGACUGGCCUUUCGAUGACGGCGCACCUCCUCCUACUAAGAUCGUUGAUGACUGGCUUAGUCUGCUGAAGAAUAAGUUCUGCGAGGAGCCAGGCUGCUGUGUGGCUGUGCAUUGUGUGGCCGGACUGGGCCGGGCUCCAGUGCUGGUGGCUCUGGCACUUAUCGAGAGUGGAAUGAAAUAUGAAGAUGCCAUUCAGUUGAUUAGACAACAGGAAACGCCGGGGCGCCAUCAACAGCAAGCAGCUGACGUACUUGGAGAAGUACCGCCCCAAACAGAGACUGCGUUUCAAAGACCCACACAACCACAAAAGCAAGUGCUGCCUCAUGUGAUCCAGUCUCACCAGCCUGCCACUGAAGGAACCAGUCACUCAUGGACUAAACCGGACUAAAAUUACCAAUCUAGUGCAUUUGAACUCUUGCUACAUUUCAGGAAGGGAAUUUAACCCCCUUUUGGUGUAUAUGUCAGACCCCUGCACUCAGGGUCUUCACCAGCUCAGGGCUGUGAAAGACGAUCCUCUUGAAUUUUGUCUUUACACACAACCCCCCCCCCAUCCUCAUCCUCAGCUACCACCCAUCACACUGUACCAGCAGCACGCAAUCCAAAGAUGAUCAUGGCAACCGGCCACCUGCUCAUAGAAAAGAAUCACUGUUGUUAUGCUCACGCUUUCGUAUGAAACUGCUUGACUACCCUGUUCUCUCUCUCUCUUGAAAUUUAGAAGUUUCUGAAUGCAUGUCACUGUACUUUUUUGGAGGUGUGAGUGAGUGGUUUAACCGAACCUUUUUGUUUUUCUACAUUGAAUCAUGAAUCUACUCUGGGAUUCAAGUUUGUUGCACCACUGGCUACUUUUCAAUAGAACUGUGGGCCUCUGGAUGGAUAACACAGCACACUGACAUGACUUCCAGGUUUUUGGAUGUUUUAGCUGCUUUGAAAUCAUGUUGAAGCAAUUAAAAAAAAAAAGAAAUCCAGGUAAUCUGAUACCUUGUUGUGCCACAGAAUUGCAGCAAUGAACUGAGAGAAAUCCAUGAGUGAGCGCACUUGUAGAUCAGUAGUUCUAUUUUAAUUUAACACAGCAGCCACAAGAGGGAGUCCUCACACUAUGUACCUCACAUGAAAAAUCGUUUGCAGCAUACAAGUACAGCAUUUUUGAAUUGCCAGUUUUAUUUAUUUUUUGCUGUUUGCACUCACUGCUUGUGUGUGGCUGUUUAGUUGUAUUGUGGACACUUACUGUGGAUUUACUAAAUGAACUUUUCAAAGUGAGGCUUAAUAUUUAGUCUUGUCCAUAUAGUAGGAAAUGAAAUGGAAUCACAGGAAUCAGUCUGCCUAACUAGUGGGGAUAUAGACACCAGUGAGGGGAAAAAAAAGGUGCAAAAUCUGUCAGGUACUGAAAUGAUCUCUUAUGCAUCAUCAAUCCGUUAAUAUGAAAUACAUAAGACCUUGGAUCUGGGAUAAUGACAUUUCUCUGCAUUUGAAAUCAAAAUCAUCAGCUAGUGAAGCAAAUAUUACGGAAAUAUCUAAUAGAAGAGUAUCUUUGUUUAACUGUGACUGUGAGAAAGAUAAGCAAAUGAAUUAAGGAUAUGUUUUGUUUAUAUUUACCAUGAACAGACAUAUUUAAAGCUGAGCUCACUCCAAUUUAGAGCUGAACUUUAAGAAAAGAGGUCAGGUGUUUAUCAAAUUUGCAUUUAUGGUUAUAACACUUAAUAGUCCAUAUGGCUCCCAUUUAAAAAAAAAAAAAAAAUAGUUUGUGAAUAAAGCAGCUCAGUGUUGCACACAUAUAUAUAUAAGGGCUUCUCUCUCAUGUUUGUCACUUUUGUUACUCUCUCCACCAUCUGUUCAGUGUCUGCAUUUGCAAAUAUGUAAUGUUUUGAUGGGUUGUGGCCUCAAUAAAUUUAAUAGUUCAUCUUGAAAUGUCUCUGGAAAACAAUAUGAUCAGCAAAAUAAUGUAAUAAAUGUAACCGGAAUAUAUUUAGAUAUCAUCGCUAGUGCUGCUUUUGUGAUAAAGGAUGGUGCAAGACUCACAAACUACAUGCCACGUCUCAGGUUUAUCCUGACCACAUUAAUUUGUGGUCCUGAAGACGAUGACAUCAUCACACCAUGUGACUAAAAAAAGCAUGCAAGUUUUUUCCACCUGUCUUUUUCUUGUCCCUGAUUUUGAAUAAAACAACAGAGCUAAAGUCAUUACCCUUGAACCUGGAUGAUAUCGUAGUGUAUUUAAAAAUCAUGUGCACUAUCAGAGAUGAUCGGAUCUGUGACAUUACACUUUUACAACAUAAGGUUCACUGACCCACUGGUUUCUUGGAUCAUAUUUAAAGUGGCCUAUUUGAUAUCCACAUAUUGAUAUUACAUGUUUUAUUAAACAGUGAUACAUAAUUAAUGAUUUAUUGUUCCCUGUUCAUAUCUACAGUGAUUGACAUUAUUGUAUUAUUGAUCAUUUUAAUACCAAACAAGAAAAGUUAAUUUAUGUACAUAUUGCUCUUUUAUGAAAUUGGAACAGAUGUUAUAUCUGAAAUCUGGAUUAAUUAAGAAUGAAUAAAAACAGAUUGCUCAAUAUCA